CCAUUGCGUCCAUGACGAAAUAUCUACAUUAUAGCAGUUGUCCAAAGUCUUGUCCAAUGUUUUUUUUCAACACAAUAACAAGGUGGAGUGAGCAAGGGACUCUCCAUAAAAACAUCACCAUCCACAGCCUCCACGUGCAUUUAACAACACAAGACAUCCAAAUGUCCAAUAUCUUGACAAAUUAAUGCAUUGAUUUUUCCUGUAAUGUUUUUAAUUUAAGUGGCCGCAAUGAACUUUACAAGAAAGACAUUUGAAUACGGAGCAAAGAGUAACAGCCUUCUGACCUUGGUUAUUUCACCCAGACCUGCAGAGAUUACACUCACCCCUUAACUGUUUGCAGGGCAAAGAUUUCUGUGAAAAACUUCUUUCAGCAUAAAAAAGUGCAUGCUGCUUAUUUUUUUUGCAGGUAUUAAGGCAUAGACAGAUAAGAAAAGCUACUGACGUAAAUAACACACACACACACACACACAGACACACAGUUGUGAGCAGAACAAACCUUGACCGUAGUGUCACUAUUAGGCAGUACACACAGUGCAAGAGUGAAAGUAUUGUUGUUUAACUGUCAAAUACAGUACAUCAGACUGAGGGCUGAUUUUGCUCCUAUUUAGCGACACAUUGCAAAAUGCAACCUCAAAAACAAACUGUUCAAUUAAUACAUCAAUUCAUAUAUAAUAUUAAGAUAUAUUUAGAUUUUUGUGUCAAUUGUAAAUUCCACAGAUUUAAGCAGGACAACUCUGGAGCUCACAAUACUCGCCUGACAAAGGACUUUCCAGAGGAAUAACCCCCCCCCAACCACUUUGGAAAAGCCUUCCCUCAGAAAGCAAAGCUGUGUCUAUGAAGUCAUUAAUCAGUAUCAUGGUGGGGCUGAGUAGAACAAAUAGAGUAAUAUGAGUCACUGUCACUGCCACCUUACCUCAGAGGCCUCAUAAAUCAUUCAGCAUGCUAAUGAAAGCUAUGCCCUCCACCUUUCUAUGAACAAAUCAUCCCGGCCAAGCGUCUACAGCUAAAACUAAGAGGAUAGUUCAAAUCAAGGAAGUGAUGGAACAUGUUCAACAUGGUAGGAGAACGCUGGGAGACUCUGAGAUGUUUGUGGUUGAUGUUUGUUUGUCUGCAUUUUAUUCGUGGGAAGAAUAUCAGCCAAUAUGUCCAAGAGAGGCCGUCCUGUCAGGCAGGUUUUUACUGCCCACAAGGGAGCGUCACUCCAGUCCCUUGUCCAAAAGGUACCUACGGCGCAUCGACUGAUGCCAUCUCCAUGUCCAGCUGUCUAAGGUGUCCUCCUCAACAUUACUGUCCUAAAUCUGGCCUGUCUGCACCCCUGCCGUGUGGGCCUGCAGCGAAACAGCCUCUGUCCGGCCAGGAAACAUGUCUCUGCCUGGGAGAGGGGCAGAGCUUUCAGGGUCUCAGGAGCUGGAGCUGGUCACCAGAACACGCAUACUCCAGACAGAGAUGUUCCAACGCAGAUACGAACCCAGAUCUCCUGACCGUGUGGCCGAUGCUAACCAUUAGGCCAUUGUGCGACCCAGGCACUAAUCACCCUUCAGUGACUAGUGGCCACCCAAAUUGAAAUGAUUACUGAAUAAAUUACAUUUAUUUACCAAAAUUUGGGGUAAAAGGAACUGUUUGCAAAAGUUAGGUGGCUGCCUUGAGGGUUUUCGAAGUUUCUGAACUUUUGAAGGUGUUGCAAGCUUUGUAUCUCAAGCCCCAGCUAACACACACAUGUGCAGAAGCUUUGCUAACCACUGGCUCGGUCAUUUUGAGCCAGUUGCAAACAGUCCCUUUAAAGAAAAGAAAUGAAAGUGCAGUUUGAAUUUGAGAUGGUGCAAAAUAACAUGAUGUGCCAGCGCAAAACAAGAUUCAUGAUCGGUUUUAUCCACAAAUUAAAAUAUUAUCUGAACAAAAAGUGUUUCAGUACAUGGUAUAUCUUCUGGGGAGUUGAAUCAGAGCAUUUGCACAUGGACCUCAAACAAGACGUUAAAAAUCAAGCGAGUCCAGUUGCUUUGAUUCAACACGGAGUAGGUAAGUUUAAUCAUAAAAGGAGGACCAGUUCUUCUGUAGACCUCCCCUCCUGCAUGGGCCAGUAGAUCAAACUGGGCAUGAAACGCCUCUGAGUACCGUCAUACUGUACCUGGUAGUCUGCAUUGUGGGUGCAAUUCCCCCACGCAACACAACAUGAGCUUUUGCUUUAUGCUGCACUCUUCUCCAGCAGAUGUCUAGAUACAGUAUCUAGCUGUGUGUCGAACGGACGGCACAUCGAGUCCACACUCGAUGUCCUUCCGCUCCUCCUCAUGCUUGACCGAGUUGUCCAUAAACAUGGCACGCACCUCGUGGUGAUGGGUGCAUUCACGAACAUCGGAUCAUUACAUUAUUUAUUUGGCUGAAACUGAAACAUAACACAGCUUAAUUAUCUCAGUUAUGUAACGCAACCCUAUUGACUUUUCUGCAGAGCAGUGAUGGGAAGUGCCAAUGUACCCUUGACUAUCAACCUGCCAGCCAUGAAGAUGCGUGUGUGCACAAAGUCUACAGCAUCUGCAGGGAUGGAAAAACCCGCACACAACAUGGAGAUUGUCUGGACCGACAGGAGUGGUCACUUCACUGCCGGCAGCAGGUGUGUCCAUCUCCGGAUGACUAUGAGGGCUAUGAUGGAGAGCUGGGUCUGUGUGUGUGCACAGAGCCUCUUGGGAGAGCUGCUUGUGGAGGUCUGUGCAGGAACAGGCCUGCGACUGAGAUGAAGCUUUGGUGCAGCUCCGGAGGAGAACUGGAGCUGGUACUGGGCUCUGGCACUCCGGCGAGCAGAAGGAUAUGGCAUAAUGUGUCAGGCGUCUCCAGCGUCAUCCUGGAGACGAUCUUUAAACAGUGGGACUCCCACGGGAUCCUCCAGUGCAGCAGCCAUCUCAUCCCUUCACGCCCCGUUUACAUUGUUCGGACAAGCGGAGAAGGCUUUCUUGGAGUCCUCAGCGGGAUUCCGGAGGAACUUGAGGAAUUGUUUUUACUUACCCAGCUGCAGGAUGCCCAGAGCCAAAAUGAUUCUUCCAUUUUGUGGGGGAUCCCUAAAAUGGAAAAUAUCAGCAACGAUGCUGGAGAUUCAAGCAAGAGGUGGACGAAUAGGCCGACUGGAAUUGUGAACCCGACAGCGUGUCUCCACCUGGGUGAUGUUCUCCUCUUCACUGUCAGCACUCAGCACUAUCCUUUCUACGAUAUUGAUAAUCUGUACAACACAAACACUGAUUAUGACUGGGGUGCGUUUAGAAAACUAGAAAAGGAGCUGACACUAUCCUGGCCACCUCCCGGCUUCUUCUCAGUCAUUUUUAACCAGCCUGGAGUGUAUGUGUUGACACUGAGCAGCCAUCAGCACAAACAUUUGUACGUGAGGGUGAUGCCUGCAGGCGGCCAGUGCUAUGAGCCCGGGCCCUUUUUUUCCACGAUUCCUCGUCACAUGACCAGAGUGGGCAUCAGGAAGAGAAGAAACCUCUUACUGCGUCCCGACUGGCUGGUGACAGGAGGACUUUUAUUUGGAGCUGCGGUCAUCUUGUGUUUAUGUGUGACAGUCUUGAUCCUCUUCCAUGAGUACGGCUGGCCAGAGAAGAAGCCAAUCAGGGCUCGGUAUCACACCCAGCAGAUGACGUACCGCAUGGACGACUACGCGUCAAAGGGUUCAAGGGUGAUCUCGCGAAUGAAGAUUCACCGAAAACAACAAGCCAGGAUGACGCUCAGCUCCAUUCAGCCGGACUCGUCGGAGGAGUUCUGGGACUAUGAGCACCAGGUGGAUCUGGAGGCUUUCAGCAGCAACACUUUCUACAGCUUGCUGCUCAAACACAGCCUGACGGUCACCACUCGGCUGGGACAGCUCACCACCGAGGUAAAGGAGCUUUACCAGGGUGUUAUUGACAAACUACGUCUUCUGCACCCACGCUCAUUGGAUGAGGAGAGCACGGUGGAUGGUCAUGAGAAGAUGAGGAUUGAGGUGGAGAAGGAGGUGGUCUGCAGGCGGUCUUUGGCCGCUCAGUUGAGGACCCUGCUCGACAGUCAGCUCCAGGUUCUGAGGCGAGAGCAGCAGGCCCAACAGAGGCUCCACAGUGUGUUCACAGCUCAGGUUCGAGAAUGCACCAGAAUACUGGGCAAGGUCCACGGCGACAACCACACAUCAUAUGGACUCCGCCAUCAAUAUUUCAUCCAGCGAUUGAGGUCUCUGGUGGCUGAGAUGGGGGAGCUGGUGUCAGCAGAGUGCCAGCGUCAGGGAGCCUGGGGGCUCUUGGGUGAAGGCACAGGGGCCAAGCUGCUGUGUCCUGAUUCGGGGUGUGCGCUCAGUAAAGAUGCUCUCCUUGGUUCUGAUGGCUCCCUGUUAGACGGUUCCCCCCUUUAUUACGAUCCAGUAAUACGACUAAUAAGACCAAAUGCCCACUGCCAUAUGUUACUCUCAAGUGGUCACACUAUGGCGGUUCCUCCUGAUUUCUUCCUUCAUCCACACACGGGCCGUGUUCUGCCCAUUGCUGGAAACGUCGCCUACGACCCUGAAAGCUCCACUUUGGUGAUUACAACUGACUCAUGCGCAGAAGAUAGCAGGACAUGGGAAAGUCCUCUGAUCCCCUUUGUUCCAUACCCGACCUCUUGCCAUUCAAAGCAGCCUCUGCACAGCGUCCGACUCAGUGGUCUCCGACCAGGCCAAAAACUGCAGCUAGGUGCGCCCAUGUCAGACCCAGACACUGGCGUCCCAGUGCCCAUUCUAGCUGUAACCAUCCACCCACAAACUGGUCUGGUUUACCCUUUGGGAAAGACUCAGAUCUGCCCCAUCACCCGAAUGCUGCAACCCGUCCAGGCGAGCUAUCCCAUGCUGGAUCCCCGGACUGGGAAUGUUGUGCUGACUGUUGGGGUCAGUCUCGAUCCAGUGACGGGAGUGGUGCUGCCAGUGUGUGGAGUCCUGCUGGGCGAGUCCUUCGUGGAGCCUCUCAGUGGCCGGAUGGUGAGAGUGGGAGGUGCGAGCAUCCGAGCUGGGCAGCUGGUGCCUCACGCAGGAGGAUAUCAGACCCUUCUAGACAGCAAGGUUUUGGCAGCAAUGUUCAAAUUAGUAGAGCUCCUGAGGCCCCUGAGUGAUGAGUGGGGUUCAGAUCUGACUUUGGAGCUCCAUCUAAGAGGAAAGCAGGGGCAAAGUUGGCAGGAUUGUAUCAGUGCUGCGUCCCACGAGCUCCAUUCGCACUGGAGGAGGAGUCAGCACUGCCAGCUGCAGAUGCAAACGAGGCUGGACAUCCUGCUGGACACCACCAUGUGUCUGCAUCAGGAUGGAGGUUCUCUGGGAGACAUGCCUCUCUCAGACCCUCCUGUGCCCGCACUGCUGGGGAUAGAGUACCCAGACCCCAUGGGAUCAGGUCUAAGUGUACCUGUGUUGGGAUGUGCGACCGACCUUGUAUCAGGAAGGACAAUACCACUGACAGGGACCAUGGAGGACCCGGAUGGCAGAGGUUUGGUUGCCAUCAGUUAUGCCUCUCAGACAGUUGACCCUGUAACUGGGAUGCUGGCUCCAGUGGUUGGCGCCAGGUUGGAUGUGCGUAAAAACACAGUCGUGCCCGUCACAGCCUCCUACUGGCUGGCAACAGCAGCUCACACUGACAGCAUUCAGGUGGAGGCUUUGGAUAAAGAGGUGUGUGCACGGAACACUUACUGGCAGCAGCACAGCCAAAAGGAGGAGGACGCCCUAUCUGGUGUGGACUCGGCUCUGUUCCAGUGUUUUGUCACAGAACACGGCGGCCAUCAGGUCCGGUGGUCAGGAAGAUCGCUGAAGCAAGCAGCUGUGGAGAUGCACGACUUAGCGCAGAUGGAGGCCCAGAGGAGAACCGCCCGGCGUGCCGGCUUGGCUCUCGUUCUGCCUCCUCAUGUACUCAACAUUCUCUGCCUGGAGGAUGAGGAGGAGUGGGAUCAGCACUGUGUUUGGUACACUGAGUUGCUGUCAGUCCUCGACAUGAUGGACGUUUGCAAGGAGCAGCUGCAAGAAAAGCAGGAGAAUUGGAGCACACAGAGAGUAGAGUGGACAGCAAGCUUCCAUGUAAUGGACAGAGAACCGAGACUGGGAGAAAUGUGGGAGCAAUGUUCUUCCCGACUGUCAGAUUUGGAUGCAGCCCUCGUUAAGCUGCAGUGUGUUAGACACCUCUCCAAACUCCGUGGUGACACAGCUCAGGCUGUGUUGCUUGGGAACUUUUGGUACAAGGAAUACGGUCUGAUACGCUUCUGUCGCCAAAGACCGGCUAUGAACAUCUUCAGUUUGCUCCAACAGAAGAUUUUACCUCUGCUGGAGAGAAUGAACCAAGAAGUCCCUGUCACCACUAACACCUGUCAUCAAUUUGGAAUCGCCGCCCAGUCUUUGAGGCAACUGGUUGAUUCCCAGGACACGGGUCUGCAGACGAGUUCUGCACAAAUGCAUGGUUCACAGAAACAAAGCUCCACUCGCGUUCAAGAAUGUUCUCCAGACAGUCACAUCACUCUCCCGACAAUUCCAGAGGAGGAGUGGACCAGGCUGCUAGAACGUUCUCCUCUUUUCCAGCUACUGAAGAGAGUGGAGCUGCAGCUGAAACAUGGCGCCAUUCGGGCACCACACACCGACAACUGUUUAGUGGACGUCCUGGAAUGUCAAUGGGAAUGUGAGGGAGAGUUAAUCCCACUGGAUCCAUCUGUCCUCAAGCCCGAAGAAUUCGUGGCGUACCAGCACGGGCUUUCCCUGAUGCACAGCUUGCAUUGUCUGCAACUGACUCCAGACAUUUCUCUGCACAUAGCAGCCAGUCUGCCCAGCAACAACUACCACAACAACGCCUUCAGAAAUUCCUUCUUUUAUCAGGAAGCAGAUGAGACGCUCUUUGUCCGCCGCCAGAGACUCCAAUCUGUUGGAGGCUUUUCGCUGCUGCUGCUCCACUGCUUGUCCCAUGUUGCCGUCAAGGACAUGAGCACUGACUCCGCCCCUGACUUUCAGAGACUCUUUUGUAAGGUCCUGCAGGCGUGUCUAGGCGAGUUAUUUAAUACCAAAUUGGGCUUGGAUGAUGAGCCACCUCAAGAACAUUUGAAGGGCACUCUGUCAGGAUGUGGGGACGCCUUCCUUUGUCUACCUCAACAUGAUGUUGAGGAAGUUGACAGGAAAAACAGAGAAAUGUCUCUCUUCUCCCAUCUUGAAGGGGUGUUAAGGAAAAGAAUCAUUGCGGCGGAGGAAGGCCAUCAGCCGCCGGGAGAGAACUGCAAGCCUUUAUGGAGCAAAGAAAGAGAAAAAAUGUGAUCUGUCCCAGCCAAUCAGCAAAGAAAGUUAAUGCAAAUUAUUAAAAUGUUAUAUUCUGAAAGGAAAUUGGAUCCAAAUAAAAAAAAAAUAAGAAUGAUAAGGAAAAGUUCAAUAUAAUGGAUGUAAUAGAUGCUGAUUAUUUUUUAAAAAUAAAUACUGUACAUAAUAUUUAGCUAUUUAUUGACAGGUUUUCUGUGGUUAAAAUUUGGAGUAUUAUGUUUAUCUCCAGAUGCAAAAUGAACGUAACCUACAUUAUUUAUUCAUGAUUCAUUUUUUUCUUGUCUUGUCUUGUCUUGUCUUGUCUUGUUUUGCGUGAAAUUAAAUGAU